UCACCCUUUACCCCGACGCGCCAGACACUCCGUCCAAAUUCGCCCGCGUUUUCCACAUCCCCGUAUCUUCUCCCCGACGCUUCUCCGUCGGGCGGCAGACUAUCGUCCCUUCCUUCCCUGACAUUGUCCAAUAUCGGCUGCGACGAUUCGGACGAUCCUCCAUCGCUUCUUCUCUCGCCCGCACGUGUGCACGACGAUAGCGCCCCAUCCUUCCCUGCGGAAGAUUACCUGAAUGAGGACUCGGUGCUCUGCAAGGGGCGCCUGUACUCUUCACGGUUCCACCCGGAGCACGUUCUCAACCCCUUUUUCGUGCAGCACUAUCACCUCCAGGACGAGCUGGGCGCCGGAGGCUAUGGCUUUGUCAUGACGGCGCGCCAUCGUAUAGAGGGCCAUGAGGUCGCAGUGAAGUUCAUAAUCAAGGAGAAGGUGCCAGAGCACGCGUGGUGGGAGGACGACGUGUUUGGGCGCGUCCCCACGGAGGUCAUGCUCCUCAGCCUCGUGAACCACGAGAACAUCGUCAAGUGCCUAGACCUGUUCGAGGACGAGGUCUACUUCUACCUGGUGCAGGAGCUCCACGGUACCCCGUGGGUCUCCAAGAAGCAGAAGAAGGGGAAGCAGACGUCCGCCCCUGGGAAGCUUGCUGUACCGACCCCUGUGACGACGCCGCUGCUGUCUCCAUCCGCUUCUAUUGCGUCGAUGCUUGACUCGGAGGGGCCGCGUACACCACCGCAGUUGUCGGGCAACUGUCAGCUUCCGCUCGGGAAGCCCGUCGGCGCGGACGUCCAGAAUGGUUUCGGCGAGGAAUUGCUUAAGCUCCCUCAGGACGCUCCUCCUAAGUUCACGCGCCGUGCCUCUCAUGACCUUUUCGAGUGCAUUGAGCAGAGCAAGCACAAGCGGUUGUCAGAGAAUCAGGCGCGCUACGUCUUCGCACAAGUCGUCGAGGCGGUGUACUAUCUCGACAGCCAAGGUAUCACUCAUUGCGACAUCAAGGACGAAAACCUUGUGGUCGACUCUGACUUGCGGGUCAAGCUCAUCGAUUUCGGCAGCGCAGUUGUCGCAGAUCCCACGAAACCUCGUCCAACAUACCACUUAUUCUUCGGAACAACAGCCUAUGCAUCCUCGGAGAUCCUCUGCAAGCAGCCGUAUAAGGCGCCUCCUGCAGAGAUCUGGACGCUCGGAGUCCUCCUCUCUUACCUUCUCACCGGCCACUCUCCUUUCCCGACCGAGCAGGACGCGAAGGAAGGUCGCGUCGUCGUCCGGGAGCCAAAAUCGGGUCGUAUCAGCAAGUCCGCGAUUUCUCUCAUGCAUAGGUGCCUGGAGAAGGACCCCCAUGUUCGUGCGGAUAUACUCGAAGUACGGAACCAUCCCUGGUUACAGGGUGCGCUCGAGAGUCGCGGAUGCGAUUGAGCGUUCGUAAGCACAUCAGCCGUCAUCGACGCAUGGACGCUCCAUUCGCACUAUCACGGCCUUUAUGACGUCUUGCGACGAGUUUAUGAUCUGCGUCCGCUCUGGCGGCGGCGCAAGGACAUGGAACGGACUUGGACAUAUUCUUAUUCCUUUUGUUUUUGUCUUCUCUUCCAUCCUACGCCGCGAUUCUGAUAUGCAAUCUCGCUCUCCGCUACAUACCGUCCCUAUCACCACAUUCCUUAUGUUACACACCAUACCCAUGCAGUCAUCCCGUACAAGCGCUUCUCUACCGCAUCAUCUCCAUCUUGCAUAUCACACAGUCAUUCGUCAUGCGGUCGCCCGCAUACAUAGCGUAGCAUUAUGAUACCACUCAUAAGUUCGCCCCAAUCCC